AAAAUGUUGGCAGCGUGGGAUGUUUACUUCUCAUUUUUCUCUGACACGACUUUAUAAAAAAAAAAUUCCCUUCUUAUGUAACAAUAGCUAAAAGCUCUUUGAAUUAAGUUUCAAACGAACGCUCUCAUCAUAGCAGACGUACGUUCCCUUUUUUCAAGACACUCAACACGAUUUCUAUCUGUGAACUUCCUUACAUCUAUCUGCUACAUGAAAUUUACUAUUUUAUAACUCCAGGGCCUGAUAUGACUAAAUGUGUUCUACAGCUUGAUUAUUAUAGAUUACUUCCUCGUCUAUCGAUAUGACCGUGAGAUUGAUGAGUGCAAAAGAAGGGAAAGGUUUCUUGCCUCUUGAUUGAUUCUUCGGCCCGACAGAAAAAAGAGGGAAAAUUUUCAUCUCAGGUUCCUUUUCUUAUUAAAUUGCAAUUUAUUGUUGUAUAGGUGGUUAUAUGAUAGGUUUAUCGCCUGGUGGCUUCCCAUCCCCAGUGGAAACGAAGAUCUCCUCGUAAAGAUCGCGGAAAAGGAAAUGAAACUUGAACAGCAAGCAAAGAGGUAUUAUUUGAAAACCAGUUCUUGUAUCUUCUCUCUUAAAAGGAUAACAAAGAAAUUAUGCAAAUAGAUUAAUAUUAGACCAUUUUUCCCCGGUAUGCUCAACAAACCUUUCGCAUUGAGGGAUAAUUAUAGGUUAUUACACGGUUGGUGAGCACGUACGAUUUUUAUUCACAGCGAGUGAGUUAAAAUCGUACAAGCGAACCAAUCGUGAAAUAACUUAUUUAUUAUAUACAUACCAAGAUUCAUAAGCGAACAGAACUCAAAGAUAAACAUAUCUUUAUUUUAUUUCAAAGGAAAACAACGCGCGGUCAAGCCGCCGCAUAGUUCGAGAGUUGCACUGAAAUGGCUUCCUUGUAAAAUACUUUACAUUUAAAUUAUCAAGCAAAAAUGCCGUCAAAAGGCAGAAAUAGUUAGAAUAAAAUAAGACAUCCUAAAAAUAUGACGAAAUAACCCUACGGAAGCUCAAAACUUGAAAUACAGAAGUGAAAACCCGAGACCUCAUUUUUUGUUGCUUAUCAGAACCCGCAUGCCUGAAUCGCCUCGCCAUUGAAAACAAGAAAUUCAUGGAACAGAGCAACAUCGUGUUUGGUCUUUUUCUUGGCGUUUUCAUUUUCCUGUCCGUCUAUGAACUCUUCUACUGAUGAAUCUAAGCUCUGAAAAUGGUUAGUUUGAUUUGAAGCCAUCUUUUUGAAGAAAAAUGCGCUUAAGCUUAGAAGAGUGCUUUUUGUCAGUCAAGAGGAGUUGCGAACGAGCGACACGGUUUUGUUCACUAGUGAAAAUAAUGAUAUAGCCAAUCAGAGCGUCGAAAGGUUUGUAUGACCAAUCAGCUGGCUUCUCUAGCGCGAAGAGACUAUUUUCAUCUAAAUGCUUUUUGGCGCGUAAAUCUCGGUAUGUAUAUAAUAACGUCGAUUUAUCGGUAAGAACCAAAUUUGCAAUAAGAACAGCUUAGACUUAUAUAAAAAAAGAUAAUUGGAACCUUUAAAGUCAUCUUUGCCAAAAUAAAAUUUUUUGGCGUCAAAAGUAAUGUGUGCCUAAUUAUAAAACAAAUAUCCAGGUGAAUUUUCCGAAACAUACCCCUAGGCACGAGGUCUUCAGCAGACUUCCCUACAGCUACAGGGACAUCGGUCAAAAGAGCACGUGACAAAAAUAAGCUAUGAGAAAAUUGAAAACAAACCCUCAUUAACGUAGGUGUUCAAACCCUAACCACUCCUAAUAUUUGGAAGCACCACCCAAAAUUAGGCCAGUCCCCGGGCUGCACCUGGAUGCUCGCCCAGGCUGGCUUCAAGGCGAGGGGUACCUUCCUUCAAGUGUCUGUGAAACUACCCGUGAGUUUUGUUGGAUAUACAGCUAAAAGGCCAGUCCCUUAACUGCACCCGAGGGCGCAGUUUACCAGAGGAAACAGAGCUAUAGCAGUUCAACAAUGAAGUAAAUGGAAUAUAUAUUUUUUUCAAAUUGGGUUGUUUCCGUUGUUUGUUCAGUUCCUAAAGGUUGGAAAUCUGACUCGUUAAUAAGAUGGUAAUUAUUUCGUUUGCUGAUCCACCAGAAUAGUUGAACUUGAGAUGAACUUACAAGUAAUAGAGAUAGAAAAUGGGGAGAGGGGAGAAAAGUGAGCUCACCGAAUACUUUUCAUCUUGUUUGUACUUAGAGUGACUAUUAAACUGCUCUAUAACGCUGUUUUGAACACUACUGCAGAAUAACAAUGAUAUAUUAGUUUAGUUUUUUUUUUGCCCCAAAAUGAUAUCGUAUAGGGUGUCGGUGAUACUUUGUUUACAUCGAUCAAAGAAAAGCCUUUUAAAUCUUCAUGUUCAUGUAUCGUUAAACAGUAUGCUUUAUCAAUGUUUUCUUUUUUAAAAUGUGUAGGCUUAAUCAGCUCGAAGAAUUUUACAAUAGUAAGGACAGAGAGAUUGAGCGACUGAAAAUGAGGUGCGUCUUAUUUCAUGACUUAAAUGAGUUGUCCAUCCAUACGGCUCACAACAGAUAAGCUUACGAAUUUUCUUCCUUAUUGAUCGUCCUUCACCUCGUAAACUAGCCUUUGGGUGAAGGAAACAGGUUCCAGCACAGAAGUAUGUAAAGGCUCUUAUAUACCCCAUGAGAAUAUACGAUUACCGGCAACAAGCUUACCUCCAUUAAUGCAAAAGAUACUAAGGAUUGGAUCCCUCUGGUUUACUCAACAAUGCUUUCGGAAUAUGGGUCAUCUAUUUUCCCCACCCCCCCUUUAAAUAGAUUUAAUCAUACUAGUAAAAUUCCAAUAGUGAUGAGUGUUCUUGAUUACGCAACAUAGUGUACUCUGUGAACGAUACAUGAGAUAAACUGAAAAGAAAAACAUUUGUCAAACCACAAGCUGCGGAUUGACGAAGGUCCGAGAGCAAAGUUCAACGUUUUCCUCUACCUGCACAGAAAAGAAAAAGUCUAAAGAUCGCUGCCUUGCGUUAAAAAAUCCUCGUCCUUGAAGUAGUAAUGUACAAAGACACACACACAUACGAUUGUACAUGAUCAGAAAGUGUGAAAUGACUAUAAACUGCUUGCUGCUGUUUCCAGAGUUUAACUCGUGACGUUUCGAUUUUCGGCCUUCAUUGGGUUGCACAUACAAGUUAAAUGCGAAAAUCCCAAGAUAUCUCAAGUCGAGGAUAUUUACAUUAAAUGAGGUGUACUUUAUAUAAUUAAAUCAGGUUAGAUGUAUAGAACCUUUGUAUGAUGUACAUAUGCGUUUUGUUAUUUUAUCGAAACGGUGUUGCAUGAAGCAUCUACAAUUCGCCUAGGAUUAAAUAUACAAACGUGACUUCAACCUCUGAAAGUGACUAACUGCAUUUAAAAAAAAAUCCUCAGAAGCUAUUUUCAAAAAAUUUCCCUAAUCAUUUUUUCUGUCAACUUUUGUUUGACGAUGACGAUGUGUCUAUCAUCUUAGCACUGAAUGGUCUCUAAUUACCUUGCAGAGUUGCCGCUCUCAGUGAGAGAAGAGUAAAGCAAAAUCAGUCAAAAGUGGAGGAUACGCUUAGUAAGAACAGACAGUCAAAGGCGGAAGAGGAUUUCGCUACUUUCUUCGACGAAACGAGAAUGGAUACACUCGAAAAAAUGGAGAAAUCGUACUCGUUUGAAAAGCAGAUAGAGAUCGACAUCUAUUGCCCCAGACUUCUUUGUCUUAUUUUUGAGGUAUAUCGUGAUAUUAAGAAUAAGCAAACACCCAUGAUACCUCGUUCACGGUAUCAAUAAUUAGUUCCAAAGUCGUUUCAAAAUUGGGAGAUAACCUUUUGAAUGAGACGGUGGGCAUCGGCUUCCUAUAAAAAAACAUACUUUAGUUGUGCUUUUUUCGAGUCGACAAUCUGAGUGGAUGGCCACCAUCAGAGUCAAGUGAAGAGUUGCUGUCAGUCGACUGUUAUAGUUCCAGUCCUUGCAUAAUGUUCAGUCAGUUUAGCCUCGAUAAGUCGGUCGUAAUUGUUAGGACUGCAAAGUCAUUCUUUUCGGUUCCGUGGCGGAGCAAAUGUCUUGAAUAAGUCAAUUUAUUGGUGCUGGUAGUUGUUGACUUCUGUCGAGGGUAGUCUGCUCCAAAUUAGUGAACUAGCUUUACACAGUCAGUCGUUGAGAAUAGUUAGAGCUGUAGGUUAAGCAUUUGGCAGAGUCACAGUCAAUAGCGGGGUUCGUUACUCGAUGAAUUUAAGCGUUGUGAUUUUUAUCUUUACCAUUUCUCGUCGCUUGUUCGUGCUCAGUCUGUCUUGUAUUGAAGUUUGUUAUAAACCAACCCUGUCUUUUGUAACUUACGUAGUGUAAUAACGAUCGUUUUGUGGGCGAGCUGGAUAUUGAACGGUUACAGCAUGCGCGAGAUGGUUUCAGACAUGCCCUCCAUGUACGGUCUAGUCAUUGUGGUCGUAGGAGUUGUCGUUGCUAAGUGUUUCGCCGGAUCCAAUUGUUGCUCUUUUUCGGAAAAACACAAUCAAAGUUUUUGUUUUCUUUGGAUAGGCUGUCUGUCGAGUUGCAAACCAGGCGCACUUUUUAGAGCCCUGGGUGCAUGAUAGUAACGACUUUGUGUGAUGUCGGGUUGUAAGAUGACUUGUCUGGUGUACGGUGAUACGUGUUGGUUUUCUUCGACUUGUCUGUUUACUGUUUGUCUGUGCUCUGCUCGUUUAGGUGGCGGUGGAAUGUGUAGAUUUUGUCGUGGUUUACGGCGAUAAAUGUAUUACUAGGAUUUCAUCACGCUAUAGUACAGUAAUUGCCAUUUUCACAAGUGUUUAAUUUUUGUAUUGUUUUGUUCUGUUUCUUUUUUUUUUCAAGGCUGCCUACGAAAAAAUGGAAGAGGCGAGAAGAGCAAUGUUUGAGUUGGGGAAAGAAGUAACGAGAGGUUUUAUUCAAUUAACCCCAGACGAGAUCAAAUUGAUUACAGACUGUAAAAGGGUAAGACAAAAAAUCAACCCCUAUAGCAGUUUAUCUCAGGCGAGGAUAGAUGAAAAGCGGUGAUUAAGAUUAAUAUAAACAAAACUGUUGUAAAGAUUUGACACUUGUCUUUUUUCCUUACGAUAUUGGGUAAAGGACGCAGACAUUGUAUAUAAACUAUAUCAUCCACCCCCUCCCCCCCCCCCUUACGUGCAGAUCAAUUGUAGAUGUUUAGAUAAAGCGUCGUGAUGAACACGAAACUCUCUUGACGAAAGAAGGGGCGUCAAGCUUUAUAGUAAGGAAAUAUGAUUUGGAUCGUUAAGUGAAAAUAAAUCGGUUCGUUCCUACUGUAAUUUAAAUGGAAGACUUGCCUUUCAAAUGGAAACUCAGAUUCCAGCUGCAUCAACAAGGUAUAGGCUUUUAUUAAGGCUGGCAAGUUUUCUAUAACGUGGUGAGUAAUUUAGGAAAUUAAAUUUAAAUUCAUUCGGAUCGCUAGAUUAAAAUUUCGGAUUUUGUUACUUCUUCUUCAGCCGUAUCUAUCUAAUAGAAACGGCUUUUUAGCACCUCCAUAGAUAUAUAUGCCGAGGGUUUUAAAACCUGUUCCCAUAAUAUCGUAAGCCUUUAUCGGUCCAUUAACGAACUAGCUUUCAUGAAUGAACAGACUUUUGAACUUCUGACCCUAAAUUAGGCUGUACAAUCUAAUUUACACUUUCAGGGUUACAAUAUGAUUAGCCUUGAUAGAAAUCGAGGUGGUGGUGGUGUUUGCACUUACAUUCGAAGCUGCAUGAAUUAUACAAGACGUUUGGAUCUAGAAAUCCAGUUUUUAGAAAUGCUAGCGUUAAAAAUACCAAAGACAUUGCCGAUGGGUUCGAUAAUUGUUUUACCUAAAUUGGUCCAGGUGUUUCUACAGACCUUUCCAGAUCAUCCAUAAAUUUAUAAGAGGAAUGGAACACGAGCCGUCCUCGUUUUAAUGAACUGAAAUUAAACCGUUUAGGGUCUUUAUUUCUUUACUGUACUGUCAAACUGUCACCGAGAUGUCAACAAAGCAACCGGCCUUGACCAAAUUUACGGUAAAGUUCCUUAUCUGGCUGCGCCAUUAAGCUAUUGACAACGAACUUACAUAUUGAACUUUCUGCUGUUUUUAAAGCACGUGACUAAAAAAAUUGUAACUAUCUAUUAGAGAUCUUCAUAUAAAAAUAUAAACUCGCAAAUGCUCUGGAAGUUUGAUCGAAUUUUUGUUGUUCACGGUUUGUGGAAGAACAAACGUGGAAAAUAUUAUAGUUUUUGAUCACGGUUAUCGUGGUUAAAUUAGCUUUUCUAUCUAAUCUAUUCAUCUAUCCAUUAUGGCUAAUACAUUCAAAUAUUCUUUUUGUAAUACGUGUAGUAUUCAAGUCUUUUGUCUUAACCAACAGACGGGCGUCUCUGAAACAUCGAUAACCUAUCCAGUCUGCUUAGGGCGUCAAGAAUCACAGUAUCCAGUAGAAGCUGUUGAUGCCCUAAUGAUGAUCUUGAAAGAAACGGCGCCCAAUUGCAACCUUGAUUGUUUAGUGGAGGUAUGUUGUCCUGCAUACUCAGCCUCUCAGUACGUAUCUUGAUUGUAAACAUCAUUUGUUCAUAUAAUUUUUGAAGGUUUCAUGGUUACAUUGUAAACCUUCGGGGUGGGAUGAACUGUGUCGUGGAUCUCGAUUUGCAUGUUUCGUUUACAUCACGCAAUGAAACGUACAAAAGAAGUGAACUUGUCACAUUUCCCAAAAAAUUGAAGAAUAAGAGUCUUCAUGAAAUGGUCAAAAAGAGAUGUCACUUUGUAGCAAAUCUAACAGAAGGCCCGAGCCAUAGAAAUCGACGGCAGGACAGUUUGAUGAAGCAAAAAGGGUCUGACCUUACGAAUUGCUUUCCUUGAUGAAUUUUUUGAACUUCGUUUAACCCAUACGUUUUCCCGCGAAUUUAAAUAGCCUCUUUCUCACGGCACUCGACAAGGGAGUUCCAUAUUGCCUUUUAUUGGUUGGCGGCAUGACCGCAUUGACACGCGCUUAAAUGAGGUGCUAAAACUGGGAAUUUCUUUGGGGGCCGAAAAUCCGAGGUUUGUUUUUACGCUAGUUACCUAAACCUGAACGAUUUAAUAGGGUAUGUAUUUUUGUCGGAUUUUGAUGAAACGUAGCCAGGAUAUUUGUCAGAUAUUAAUGCACACAAUUAUGUGAGGCUUUAAUGGAAUUUGAGAUAUCUUUUUCCUGUGAAUUCCCGGCGCGUGACAACGCAAUUUUGUUUUGUCCAACUUUAAAAUAGAUUUUCUCGGGAACCAAUCGGAAUAUCGAAAAGCUUAUAAUCUGCUGAGUGAUACAAUCCAGUUUGUUGGGAUGUUCGUGGUAACGCAAAGGCUUUUUCCGGAGGGCACUCUUUUCUAUUGACGGUGACUUAAUCUUUAUUCAGAUUUCUAACGAUUCGUGCGCAUUGUUAUGCUGCUGGUUGGUUUCGUAUGAGAACAUCAGUAACAAUCGUAUCUGAUUUUUUUUUUUUCUGAUAACAACUUUUCAAAGGCGUCAUGAAGAAAUCGAGUUGUAGUUCAUUUUUUUUUAUCAAACGCACACGGGAAAUAAAUAAAUUAAAGAAAAGGCUAAGUAACUCAGAGUUAAUCACUAUAUCGACUUCACAAUGAUUUGAAGAUUACUUGAUUUUUUUUUUCGAACAUGUUAAAGGCACUUUUCUUUUUUUUAUCAUUAUCUUCCGAUUAAAAACAGUACUUAGGUACGAGACAAGCUCACAGUCGUAAUCUUAUUUUCAAUCCAAGCCAAUAUAUCGUACUUUUCCUGCCUUUUCUCCUCUCCAUUUUGUCUUGUGCAUCAUUCUCCAUGGGAAAAGGGGAGGAAGGAUGAAUGUCGAUGUCAGGUCUGAAGGAAAAUUGUUCACGAUAUUAGUAUCGGUAAUAACAUGAUUUCGAGUGUAGUUUUGUGUAAAUAAUUUGCAUGGAAAAAGCAUCUUAGAAAGUCAAGACAGAGGAUUUUUUGACAGCGCGCGCGCUAUUUGUAAUUUGAACUCGUGUUACAACUUUGCACUCGUGUGACAUGAAAAUUGCACUCGCUUAAAGCCAAUCAGAAGCGCGUAAUUUUUAUAUAUACAUCAUUAUAUAUACAUCAUUAGAGCUUUUACUGAUGUCAGCGUUGUCGGCUUUCUUAAUUUUUGACCACACGUAUCAUUUCUUUCAUGAGCGAUUAUUUUGCAGUUUGCGAACGCGUACGCCUAACUUUUCAAAUAAUCUUCAAAAAUCUUUUAGGAUGUCAUUCGAGUUGUUGAGAAGAAGUGGAACAGGUGGCAGGAAGAGGAAAAAUUGUUGAGAAACAGCCGACUUUCACACGCAGCGAGUCACCUUCAUAAACCACUAUUCCAGGAGUACAUAAGAGCAAGUAUCCGGCUGACUUGGAGAAUGGUUACCCAGACACCACCACUUAGGUUAGAGUAUCAAUCCUUGUAUCUACAACAAUGCCAUAAGAAGAUGGGUUGUUAUAUGAGUCCUGAGGUACGUACGUUGGCGAAAGGAAUCCCUGACCAACAUCAGGAAGAGGAGAUAGCAUGUUAUCUUUGGCCGGGACUGUUUGAUGGGGAAGGAAGAUGUAUUCGAAAAGGAGAAGUCUUGUGUAAGAUAAAAGCGAAUACCGAGUAAGCAUCUUUUGAAUUUCUACGCCCAACAACUAAAGCAAAAGGUUAUGUGUAGUUUGGAAAUUGCUUUAAUGUUCAAAAUCUUGUGAAAUACCUUUUAUUUGUGCCACGCUCCAAAUGUAAAUGAGAGGCAUGAAUCAGGUCGAUGCAUGAUCGAAAUAAGUGGGUUUUCUGACAUGAAACGACCUCUUUUAUUUAGUGUUACCUGUGACGUUGUUAGAGAAAGAAGGACCUCUGAAAAAUAUACGAUAACAGAUGGAAUAGAAUUCAGGCGAUUAACAAUGAGUAUUCUGUUUGUUUAUACAAGCACUAUUUUAUUUCGUCUAUAAGUCAAAACAUUAAAACGUCUUUACAUCGACAUUUUUCCUUAUUGAUGUUUAAUGAGAGCAUUUGCUUAGAAACUAAAUUGCUUCUGUAUUGAGUAGUUAAAGCUUGUUUUAGAGUUUGGGUGGUCAAACUAAAGAAAUAGAGAAAACUGUUGUAAAGAUUGUCCCUAGUUUAGCAUCCAUACUUAACAUCCAUCUUAAAGGCAAAAGCUUUCCUUGCAAUUGUUCUUGAGCAAGUGUUUAAAUAUUGAGUAAUUACACGUCUAUGGAACUUGUUUUUGGAAAUAAAUGC